UUUCUCCAAAUGCAUCCAUAUAAAACUGGCCGAGCUGGGCAGUAGCAGCCUAUAUUCAAAUCAUCUGAUCUGAAAAUGUCUGCAUUACUUGUUGGCGACUCGUUACUGAAGUAUGUUGGACGUUAUACGCAGAAAGAAGGGAUCGUGACAAGGUCUCUGUCCGGAGCCAAGGUGGCUGACAUUCCCGAUCUCUUGUGGGACAUUGAGAACUUUAAGUUCAUCAUCGUCCACGUUGGGAUCAACGACCUGGCGUACAUGCCUAGGACGCCUGGGCAGGUCUUGGACAACUUCGCGAAACUGGUUGAAAUUAUAAGGAAGCAGAACCCACGAGCUGUGGUACGUACUCCUUUCCGGUGUCACCCCAAGAUACCGGAAUAGAUGGCGACAAGGCCGUGGAAAUCAGGAUUCCCUCAACGAGAAGGCUUACACCCUCAACGAGAAAGUGAAACACUUUUGUGGUGAGAAUGGAUUGACCUAUGUCGGCCACCCUAACUUCAUGUCUUCCGGGGGAGUAAGGCAGGAGUUCAUUGCCUGCGAUGGGCUUCACCUGAGACCAGCAGGACAGAAGCAGCUGGCUUCAGAUAUUAUCUGUGCUCUUUCGGUGGUAUGUUAUUCAGAUAGGGAUUAUUGUUUGCUUUCAUCAAAUACUUACUAUAUUAAAGUGCCAUAAGGCCAAGUCUCCGGUUUGAUGCACAACCUUCAUUUACCGUGUACUUGCUUUCAGUACAGAUGUGUAUUUAAAUUUCUGCUCUGUUUUCGGACAAAUGGUAACAGCCAAAAGGCAUCAAUGAUAAUACUGUGUUGUGU